UCUCUCUCUCUCUCUUAUCCCGUGACUCCAAAACUACCAAAUACCAUCUUCACUUUUUCUAUUCUUCACUCCCCCAUACUCUCUUCACAGUCAUCUCCCACAAAAAGUAAACAAAAUCACAGAUCACAACAUCAAUUAUCAGCCACAAAACCCUAAUUUAAUCCUAUUCACUCUCCAUUAUCAUUAUCCUCCCUAUUCCCUAAUUAUACAUUUCCGCCUAAUCUUAAUUUAAUCCUAUAUGACAACUCCUCUCUUUUACAAUUCUAACAAAAAGUCUAUAAAUGCCACCCCAUUUUACAACUCUUACCCCAAUUUUAAACCCCACAAUAAAUACAAUUACAAACUCAUCUUCUUCCUUAUUUUUUCCAUGGCUUCCUCCCUUUUUUUCCUUUAUUUUUUCCUCCUUUUUUCUCUCUCCUCUUCCUCCCAUCACCAUCACAACCACCAUCAUGUUAGUUCCGCCGAUGUUCAACCACCUGUUGCUGCAAUUCGACAAGCGUGUAAGGCAACUCGGUUUCCUGACACGUGCCAGUCCAUGUUAGCCCAACUGGGUUGGGCCAAGCCGGACCCAAGCCCGGUUGAUGUAAUUCAGUCUGCCCUUCAAGCUUCGGCCCAUAGUCUCAAAACGGGCCAGUCCAUGGUCCAGAAUAUUCUUGACUCCUCGGCCCAUAACCUCAAUCGCUCUCGUGCCGCUAAAACGUGUCUUGAGGUUCUCGGGAACUCCGAGGUCCGUACUUCCGCCGCCGAGGAUGCUCUCUCACGUGGCAAGCUAAGGGACGCACGUGCAUGGGCUAGCGCCGCACUUUGCUACCAAUAUGACUGCUGGUCAGGUCUCAAGUACGUGAAUGGCUCGUCGGAGGUGAACUCGACGAUGUCGUAUUUCGACACCGUGUUGAUCGCCUCCACCAGCAAUGCGCUCAGCCUGCUACGAGCACUAGACGCGCUGGGUCCCAACCCGGCGGCAUGGACACCGCCCCGCACAGAGCGGAACGGGUACUGGGAGCCUGUUGUCGGGGGGACCGAGUUUAAAUUCGGUUCGCUUUUGAGUUACACUACGGAGGUGGACGUGACGGUGUGUGGUGGUGGAGGGUGUAAGUACGGGAAGAUUCAGGAGGCGGUGGACGAGGCGCCGGAGAAUUUGGAAGGAGGGAAGAAGUAUGUGAUCAGGAUUAAGGAAGGGGUUUAUGAUGAGAUAGUAAGAGUGCCGUUUAAUAAAAAGAAUUUGGUGUUUUUAGGGGAUGGCAUUGGUAAAACUGUCAUUACUGGUUCGUUAAACACUGGCUUGCUGGGGAUCACUACAUAUAAUACUGCUACUGUCGGUGUCCUUGGUGAUGGAUUCAUGGCCAGUGGCCUGACAAUUCAGAACACGGCGGGGCCGGACGCCCAUCAAGCUGUAGCCUUCCGUUCAGACAGUGAUUUCUCCUACAUCGAAAACUGCGAGUUCCUUGGUAACCAGGAUACCAUCUACGUCCACGCCCUCCGGCAACUUUUCAAAUCAUGCCGUAUUGAAGGAAAUGUCGACUUCAUCUUUGGGAAUGCAGCUGCCAUCUUCCAGGACUGCACCAUCCUAAUCCGUCCCCGCCAAAGCAAACCUGAUAGUGGUGAGACCAAUGCUAUAUCGGCCCAUGGGAGAACUGACCCUGCUCAAACCACAGGGUUUGCCUUUCUGGGGUGCCUCAUAAAUGGAACAGACGAGUACAUGAAACUGUACCACGGCAAGCCUAGCAAGCACAAGAACUAUUUAGGAAGGCCGUGGAAGUCGUAUUCUCGGACUGUUUACAUCAAUUGCACUAUGGAAGCUCUCAUCAACCCUAGUGGAUGGCUUCCAUGGAGUGGUGAUUAUGCACUUUCUACUCUUUAUUACGGGGAGUUUGGGAAUUCCGGUUUAGGUGCGGAUUUGUCUAACCGAGUCCCUUGGAGUAGACAAAUUCCUGCUGAACACAUCUCUACCUUUUAUGUACAGAAUUUUUUACAGGGUGAUGAGUGGAUCACGACAGCUUCUUGAUUUUGACGAGCUUUAUAAAUGUUGUUAUUGGAAUAUAGUAGUUGUAGGGAAGAUGAUGUACUUGCAUCUCAUACACGUCGUUGAAGUUGAAAUAUCACAGUUUUAGGUGAGAUUGAUCCUUCGGCUCGUGACAUUCCUUAGUCUCAUGACAUGUCUCUUCUGAUUGGAAAGGGAAAAAAAAGAAUUAUACAAGUUGGAAAGAACUUCAAGCAUAUUGAAGCAGAAGAAUCUAAGUUUUGAUGUGUUGGGCUGUUUUGGUAUUAAUACUUAAUACCCAAACAAAUUCCUCACCAAGAGGCAUAAGGAAUAUGGUACAUCUAGACGACAAAAGAACACUUGCAACAUUAGCUCCAUAAGAGUUGAGGUGUUCAUAUACUACAUAGUAAUUUGACUGUGAUGCUCGUUUCUGUGUGAGCCUCAUAGUAUGUUUAAUUUUUCUUGUAGCAAUGGUGUAAGAUGUUUAAGCUGGAAAUUCAAAUUUCAAACAAAAAAAAUUCGUAGCUGAAAGACCUACUAACAGUGCAAAACAGUGUUGCUGCCGAGGGUGAGUUAACCCUAUAUGAUGUCGGUAAAAUCUAAGGGUUGAAUUAGGGGAUAUAUUUACUUCAUGAAUGAGUAUGUUGCAUUUUUUUAUUAUCA